CUCGUCGCCUUGCACAAAAGCUCUCACGACGCCGUCGCGCACCGUUUCGACGGUCCAGCGAUUAACAGCAACUUUUUCCAGCCCGCGCUAGACGCUGCAGCGCGUGCCGCUGUCCUCAAGCCCCAGCGCACUGUCUAGCCACCACCCCUCUGUGGUGCAUGCAGCAAACGCCAGCGCCAGUUGAGAAGAAGAAGCGCCGCAAGCGUAGAGGCAUGUUUGGACUUCCGGCCGGCGUGCCGGCCCUCAUCGUUCUAGUCGGCGCCGUCGCGCUCGGCCGCAUGGCGGCGGACGACUACGCCGAGGGGCCGAUCCAGCGCGUCUCCGUCGUCGCCAUGGUCGUCUCGGUCCCCUUCUGCGUCUGGGGCUUGUUCAACACUAUGUUUUAUCAUUUGGACCUGGGCAUGGUGAGCUACGCGCUCGCCGGCGCGGCGGGCGCCUACGGGUUCGGCCUGCUGUCCGUGGACGGCUACGAGCAGUCCGCGACGAACGUCCGCAUGGUUACAGGUGUAGGCUUCGGCGCGGUCGCCGCGAACUACCUCCUGGGCCUGGCCCUCGUGCCCACCUUCUCGGGCCUCGGCCUCUACUUCGUCGUCGCGGAGGCCUUUUGGCUCUCGAUGCUCUACAGCGCCUACGCGGCGACGAGCGUCGAGCUCGACCCGUCGUCGACGUACACGUCGCUCAUCUAGCUCGCAGCGUAUCCCGACGUGCCGUCGUCGUCGGCGGGGAUAGGCUGCCUGUGCCCUAAUGAUGUGUUCCACGA